UUCACACGAAAACGUCAGUUCAACAAAAACAAGCAAGCGGCCUGGAAGCAUAUUCGCUGUCGCUCGCUGUCGGUUUCUCGGUACACAAGGCGCGCGAGAGCCACCAACUUUUCGGGUUCGCGGGCACACGUGUGUCGGCACCGUCGCGAUUCUUGGACGAAACAGGUUCAGUAACAGUAACGGUGGAACAGUUUCCAACAGAGCAAAAAGGGUGAAAAAAGUUGUUCCGAAGCAAGAUCACGCAAGGAAAUUGUUGCACAAAACAUGAAAAACAGUGUAUUGUGCAAGAAACAGUGACAGAAAGUGAUCAAAAGGUGAAAAUUCCAAAUACACUCGUACGGCAAAAAUCCCGUCGGUCGCAAAAUUGUGAACGUUCAAUCGCUCGAGUAGCAAAAGACGGACGUGACCAAGUGCAGUGCAGAAGGGUGACCCGAUCCAUCGGUCGUCGGGUUGCAUCCGUCAGCCAGAGACGUCAGUUGUGUGACAGCCGACGGAAAGGAAAGGAGGACACUCAACGUCAGCGCGCUUGUCGGUGUGUGAGUGACGGCUCGUCAAACGACUUCGGUGUCUGUGUGUGUGUGCGUGACGUGCUAGAAAGAGCAAGAGUUCGUGUUUAUGUACGCGCAGUAGGAGAAAGAGGAGAGGAAACCCGAAGCUCUCUAGCUCAUCCGAGCCCGUGUACAUGAGCGUACCCGCGUGUAUGUGUGUGCAUGUGUGCCUGUAUGUGUUUCAAUCUGGGGAGUGCACGAGUGAGUGAGCAGGCAAGGCGACACAGGGCUUGUGUUCGGCCACGCGCCAGAAAGAGAGAGGGCACGCGCAUUCGUGUGUGCGCAUUCGCCUACUGCGCUAGUUUGCGUUCGUCCUUAUGUGUCACUCGGUGUGAUAUCCACCACAACGAGAUGUCACAGAUGUGAUAGGUUUUCGUCGAGCGUACACGGGACAGCAGCAGCAGCAGCAGCCGUCGACAAGGCAGAGCCGUCUGUCUGUCAGCUUCCGUCAGUCAAAAGUCGUCGGGUCGAGCGGAAACACAACACACAACGGAUUGCUCGCGAUUGCUCUCCUACGCUUUCGGGGCCAAUCGGACGGUUCGUUUCGGGCCAUAGGGCAACAUUUUCGGAGCUUUUUCCCACAGCAUCCACAGUCGGUCAGUUGACACACUAACGGCAUCUCGGGACGGGUGCCCGCAACGCAAACGCUUUUCGCUGUGUUUUGGGAAAACUGUGUGUGUUUUCGGUGGUGGCCGAAGUGUUUGCGCGAUUUUUGUGAUUUUUCGUUUGUUUUGCCCACAAACUUCAUCGUUAACAGGUGAAACACUUGUGCAACAAUAAAAACAAAACAUCAACCACAAAAACAAACAAUGGUGAAAUGCAAACGAUAAAUUGUGAAACACUUGCAACGGUGUUGUCCCGGUUGGACGUUGCCCCACUGUGCCACCGAUCAUCGCGAUCGAGCCCACCGAUCGACGAUGAGUUCGGCAAGCCAGCAGAGAUGCAACAGCCCACAGAACGAUGUGCAGACAGUGCGUACGCGACGAAAUGGUUUAGUUUGUAAGCGGCGCGUGAUACGGUCCGAAGGUGAGACGAUUGAAAAUAAUUAAUUAUGCACCAGCACAACCCAACUCUCCGCCCCCCUCCCAACACAAACAACAAACACACAGCACGGCAAUACGGCGCUAUACGAAUCGGUUAAGCAAAUAAAAGAAGAAGAAGAAAAACGCAAAGUAAACGAAUGAGUGAAACAAGUUCUAGUUUUUUUGUGAUAAUUGCAUUGCGGAAGCUGCAAAGUGUGCAAAGUUAUACGAAAGCGAAGCGGGCUGGAAGAUGAAAGCUUGUCCCGCUCGGAAACAAAAUUAUACGAAGCAAACCAGAAAUUCCAUUACAACACUAUAUACGCGUACGAUCAUCACGGUUCCAAUUUCGGGGAGGCGAAGCGCACUUUGAAAAACGACCCACGGUAUACGGUAUUUUUUUAUUGGCAAAAUAACAACAACGACGAAAAACGAGAUGGUGCAAGUGUAACAGCUACAUCACUGUUUGUGCAAUUCGGAUGAAGCAAAGCGUGUUCAAAUUUAAUUGAAAAUACAAGCGAUAUAGAGAGAGCGAAGAACAACCCCCGAACAGAUGCGUAAGUGACAAACAAGUUGGCAAAACAAAGCAACCCAAAUUGUGCAACAGUGUGUGCAAAAGGUGUGUGCAAAAGGUGUGUGCGUACUAAUUCGCGUGUGCUUCAAAAGUGACAGAACAGCGCCGAAAGCCCCUUUUCGGAGCGCGUUCGAAAUCGAAGUCGGCGACGACUACAACGAUCACAAUCACGAUCACGACGUGUGUUUAGAAGGAAACAUCGCCAGAAGCAGUGCACCUGUUUCUGGUCGCGGGCAAGUGAACGAGUAAAGUUUCAAAAAUUGAUAACCAAAAUCUUCCAUCGAUGAUGCUCCACGAGGCAGUGAUGUUGGAAAUCUACCGACAGGCCCUUCACGCUAGUGAAAUGGCCAGCCCUAGAUGCCAAUCGAGGGAAUCGUCGUCGGGCGGUGGGCGCUGUCCCUCGGACGAGUCCAUCCGCUCGGAGGGGGAGCGUGACGAGCAGGGCGCCGGGAACAACCUCAGCCCGGUGUCGAUCACGCUGCCGCCGACGCUACCACCGGCCGCUGCAGCCGCCCUCCUGCCUCAGCAUUCGGCCGCCAUGGCGGCGUACCUAAACGUAGCAGCCGUUGCAGCACAACAGAACCGGCUACUACUGGGGUCGCCGCUGGCCGCCGGCCUCGCCUCGGUCCGGAACGGGUCACCGCCCGUGCUGCCGCUCCGCUCGCCCACGGACGAGAGCGAUGACGCGACCGUGCUAGACUUUAGCAAGAAGCGUGGCUCGGGUGGCGGCGGUGGCGGUGGCAGUGGUGGAGGUGGCGACGAGGACGAGGAAGACGACGAUGAGGACGAGGACGGUGGUGACGGUGCGGGUGGAGCGGGUGGUGGACGUGGAAGUCGCGGUGGUGCAGAUGGUGACGGCGACGGAGACGGCGACAGUGAUUGUGGGGACGCGGUGAACCUCAGCCAAAAGUCGGGCCUGGGUGAUAACAGCCCGCUCGAUCUGUCCGUCAGCCAUCGGAAGCGGACGGGCAAUGAGGACGGGGCGUCAUCGCCACCGCCCCGCAAGACGACCCGCUCGCUCGACUACAAGCCGGCCAUUGUGACGCCCUGGAGUACACCGGUUACGCCGCAGCUCCCAUAUCUAGCGGCGGCUGUUGCGGCGGCUGGCCUGUCCCCCAAGAACAAUCACCACCACCAUCAGCAGCAGCAGCAACAGCAGCAGCACGCGGUCAUGCACGCGGACAGCUGGAACGGCAAGCACAAAUCGGUGGCAGCGGCUGCAGCGGCUGCCGCGGCCGCCGCCGCCGUCACGAACGAUGCCACGAAAGCGCUCGAGAAGAUGUCGGAGCUGAGCCGGCUGGGUGGGGAAGAUAUCUACCGGUCACCCAGCUCGGGCAAUUCUGGUGGUGGUGGAGGUGGAGGUGGAGGAGGUGGCCGACACAGUGCCUGGCAGUCGCACUGGCUCAACAAGGGCGCCGACUCGGCCAAGGAUGUGCUGAAGUGUGUUUGGUGCAAGCAGAGCUUCCCAUCGCUCGCCGCCAUGACGACGCACAUGAAGGAAACGAAGCACUGCGGUGUUAAUGUACCCCCCGGUGGGGGUGGUGGAGGUGCGGGAGGUGGCUCGGGAGGUCACACACAGCAACCAAUUCCACCACCAGCCCAGGGCAACAACAGCAACAUGGGUGGUUCCGGUGGACAAGGAGGCCAAGGACACGGUGGUUCGUCCAAACCUUCCCCCAGCGAGCUGAACAUGCUGAUCAAGGAGACGAUGCCACUGCCCCGGAAGCUGGUGCGCGGCCAGGACGUGUGGUUGGGCAAGGGGGCGGAGCAGACGCGCCAGAUCCUGAAGUGUAUGUGGUGCGGCCAGAGCUUCCGCACGCUCGCCGAGAUGACGGCGCACAUGCAGCAGACGCAGCACUACACCAACAUCAUCUCGCAGGAGCAGAUCAUCUCGUGGAAGUCGUCCGAUUCGGACAAAUCCGGCGGUGGUGGUGGUGGUGGUGGUGGAGCAGGCGGACCCGGUGCCGGAGGUCCUGGAGGUGCCGGUCCUAGUGGUGGUGGUGCGAACGGAGGAGCUGGUGGUGGCGCCGGUGGUCCCGCCAGUGCAGCGGCCGCCGCCGCCCAAACGAACAGCCACGUCAGCGCGGUACUCACGUGCAAAGUGUGCGAUCAGGCGUUCUCCUCGCUGAAGGAGCUGUCCAACCAUAUGGUGAAGAACGCCCACUACAAAGAGCAUAUCAUGCGGUCGAUCACGGAGAGCGGCAGCCGGCGGCGCCAGACGCGCGAGAAGCGCAAAAAGUCACUCCCGGUGCGGAAGCUGCUCGAGAUGGAGCGGGCCCAGCACGAUUACGGCAAGAACGGGGCGGCCGAAACGGCGCCCAACUCGGCGGCGGCGGCCGCCGCAGUGGCUGCGGCAGUCAAUGCGGCCAACAAACCGCUGCGCGAUCUCGGUGCGGGCAAGAUUACGUGCGAAAAGUGUAACGACAAGAUCGAGACGACCAUGUUUGUCGACCACAUUCGGCAGUGCAUUGGCGGGACGGCGCUGCUCGCCGCCCAGCAGCAGCGGGACAAGCUGAAGAGUGCGCUGCUGUCGAACACCAUCAUCCCACCGGACUCGAUCUCACCCGUGACGCCGACCGGGCGCAAGAGUGUUAGUGAUGAUCUGGCUUCGCCCCUGUCCUCGCAAAAGUCUCCGCUCGGGUCGGACCUACUGUCGCCCGUUUCAAUGCUGGCGAAGAAAGACGGCAACGGUGGCGGUGGUGGUGGUGGUGAGAAAAGCUCCUCACCUUCGGUGUUGAACGCGAUCGAGCAGCUGAUCGAGAAGAGCUUCGAUACGCGAUCGCGCCACGGCGGUUCGAACUAUGCCGGCGGUGGUGCAGGUGGUGCCACGCAAAGCUCAACCCCGCUCGGUUCGAGCAUUCUGAAGCGGCUCGGCAUUGACGAGAGCGUAGACUACACCAAACCGCUGGUGGAUCCGCAAACGAUGAACCUGCUGCGAUCGUACCACCAUCAGCAGCAGGCACAGUACGCGUCGCAGCAGUACGGGCGGCGUGAGCGCAGCGGCAGUGAAUCGAGCUCCAUCUCCGAGCGAGGCAGCAGUCGGCUGGAUUCGCUGACGCCGGAGAAGAAGUUCGACACGCCGAGCCAUUCCACACCGCGCGGAACGCCCGACAAACCGUACGGCGAGCAGUCGGAUCAUGCGGACCAUGCGGGGGAACCACUUCACGGGCAGCCACCGAUCAAGCGCGAGCUGCACAGUGACGAUGAAGCGCCGGAAGGGGAAUCGAAGCCACCGUCCGAGCAGGGCAAGAUCCGCAUCAAGAAGGAGCUGAUGCCGGAGGAUGCGGAUGAGCACGAGCAGGAUCACGAGAUGCGACCGCCGAGCAAGGCGCAGCAGCGUGACGAGCGCGACGAUCGCGAAGAGCUGUCGGCCCGGCGCAGCAGUGUAGCGUCGAGCCCGGCGCCCAGCCCGCGCCUCUCCACGGCCAGCGUACCGCUCAGCCCGGCGGCCAGCCCGCUGAGCGAUCACCAUUCCAUUGCGUCCCGCUCGACGCCCGGAGCCGGCGAUUGUGGCGGGAAAAAGUCAUCCUCCAGCGUGAGCAACAGCCUCGGGGCGCUUUCGUCCAUGUUUGACAGUCUAACUGGGGCCGGCAGCGGCGGAGCUGGAUCCGCCGGAGGAGACGCAGCGUCGUCCGGCAGCGCUGGCGGCAAGAAGACGAGCGCUCACCCACUGGCCGCACUGCAGAAGCUUUGUGAUAAAACGGAAACACCGUCGGCCGGUGGCGCCGGGGGACGAUCGAGCAGUUCGGCCCUGCUGGCCGCCACCACGAACAGUUCCGGCUCGCGGACCGCACCCGGUGCCAUCCUGGCCUUUAGCUGGGCGUGCAAUGAUGCGGUCACGUCGGAGGACGUCGCCGGCGGCACGAUCAAGUGCGCGUACUGUGAUACCACGUUCGGGUCGAAGGGUGCCUACCGGCAUCACCUGUCGAAGGCGCACUUUGUCAGCGAUGACGUCAUCCCGGACCCGAAGGUUCCGGCGGGUUCGAGCGGUGGCGCCCUGUCCCUUGCCGCUACCAGCGGCGCCCAGUCGCUCAAGACGCGCACAUCGCCCGCCCCGCACUCACCGAAGUCGACCGGCUCUACGGCACCGCUGUCGCUGGUGACGGGCGGCGGCUCAUCUUCUGCCGGCGGCUCAUCGUCCGGGUCGUCCGGCGGCCGGGACAGUGUCGAGCGACGCGUAGGGCUGGAGCAGGGCAAUGGACCCGCAGCCAAAAGUCCACCCGCGUCCCAGUCACCCGCGUUCGACGAGAGCCCGCACUCCAAGUUCCUCAAGUACACCGAGCUGGCGAAGCAACUCUCAUCCAAGUACGUCUGACACGCUUAAGCGCGAACACAAGCGGAAGCCGAAACGGAAGCCGAACAACAUGGGGGGUGUGAAAUGAGACCGGAGAAGGAGCGCAACAACAAAAUGGCGAUCGUCAAUGGACAGUUCCUCAUUGCCGUUUGCUUCUUCGAAGUCCCAGCCCCGAAGGUGAGUGUUCAGAUGCAGAUUACUCAUCGAACGCACGCGGUACACAGGCGGUACCCCACACUCACACACAUAUCCCUUCGAGGUUGGAACGGGCGGCGACAUCGAUCGGGGGGCCGAGUGCGCGAAAACAAAAGGCAAUUUAAAAAGGUAAACUAUAGUCAACUUAACUGCAACAUGGUUAUACGAAAAUGAAACACACACGAACAACAAAAUACGAAAAGUGUAACAACGUGAACGUUGAACCAAUUCAACGCCACAAACACAUACACACUGUAGCGCUGCGCUUAAAAUAACACGAAAGGAGACACGAGGGGUGAAAAAAGCAAAUUCAAUUUACUCUGGAAGAAAAAAAAUUUGGUAUACGUAAUUUACACAAAACCUAUUAAAAAUGCAAACAUGGAAAAGUGGUUAAAAAAUACGAAAAACAAACGACAAAAUUGCAAAUUUUGGUAUUGAAACAAACGAAGAGAUACGCGGUAACAGUAACAAAACAAAACCUACAAUUUGAGUAUACGGAAGAGGAAGUUUGGAUGAGUUGGAAAAUUAAUAAGGACGAAACAAACACAAUCUUACACAGAAAAUUAUGCACAGAGUGUUUAACUCUUCGUUGCAAUACACACGAACAAAACAACAGAAAACUCUAAACUAAAAAUUAAAGAUAACAACCAAUCAGCUCGCAAAGGAAAGUAGAACAUUAUUCUACAUGCAAUGUAAAACAAAGUGUUUAAAAACAUAAACAAACAAAAGCAACAAGAAACAACCAACAGACGUGCCAAAAGUCAGUAUACUAAACAAACAAACAAACAGCUCCGAUCAUUCACUUUAUACCGCGUGACUAGAAGCAAGAUUUAGCGCACACUUAUAGAAAUCACACAUCAGGAAAUAGAUUUUACCGAAAAAAGGACACAAUUUUCUCUUCCAUUUGCUCUGUUUUAGUCUGUGUUAUUCCGUUUAUUAAACUCCACUCUACUCAGGUUACAUGUUUUAUGUUUCUGUUUUUUGUUUUUUUGUUAAGCGAAAGUUGAAACCUUUAUUAUGUGAUGAGUACAGUUUCCUUUUAGUAUCUCCAGCAAUGCUUCUUCCUUUUGAAGUCGUUUUUGCCCUCCGACACUGGUCGGCAUCUUUCAAGCGAGUGAGCGUGUGCGAAGUUGUAAAUAGGUCACUUAUAGGACAACACACUCUGAAUUAGUCUGUCUUCAAAAUAAUGGAUUAAAUCGCACCCAAACACACACGGAUAAGGCGAUCAAGGGGACAGGUUAAGUUCCAUCCUCUCAAACGUAAUAAGCAUAGUAUACCGCCCCACGCUCGCCCAUUCUACUGAAUUCCGUGAAGUACGCGCAGAAAGUAAGCAUUUCUAAAACGGCUGUCAAAACAAGCAAAAAAGAAAGGAAAAAAAACAAAAAAAAAAGAUAAACAACCAACUAGGCAUUAACAAAUAAGCAGCAAAACUCUAAAAACCUCUAAAAGUAUUUUCCAAACGCCUGCAACCAGUUAGCGAAGCCAAGCGCAUCGUAGCCGUAGCAGUAUCCUGUAGGGAAUCCAAUUGGGCUGGAGAUGCGAUUUAAAUGCAACAGCAAACAACAACAAACAGUGAAGCGAUUGAUGAAAACUUAUUUAUUGAGAGUGAUUUACGUAACUUAUAGGAUUACUAGGAACUGGGAAGCUAGUUCUCUUACGCCCCCAACUCCCCAUCCCUGCCUCCCCUCUCCCCAGGAAGCAUCGCAUUAGGCUUCCCUCCUUUCCCAAAACGAAAGAGUGCGCCGGGUUUGUAAAACUUGAGUGUGUGCGUGUGUGUGGCACUCAUCUCUCAUCUUCCUCCCUCCUUCCACGGGGAAAGCAUUUAACAUUAUUAGCACUCUAGAACUACACACAAAAAAAACCCAUACACAGUUCAUACGAUCGAAACUCUGUAUACGCGGGCAAACUUGCAACAACAAAAAAAAAACAAUUGAAUCAACGCAAAGCAGUCGAACUCACACAAUGGUAUACUGAAGAGAGGACUCUAUCUAUACAUAUAUAUAUAAAUAUAUACAUAUAUUAUAAAAGAACAGAACAAAAACCCCAUGUACAUUGUAUAUUGAGACGCAGUUUGAAGUAUAUUACUAUAUAAUUAUUAUUAUUAUUAUUAAUAUUAUUAUUAUUACUAUAAAUAUAAAAUACGAUGAAUGCAAACUAGAAGCCUGCAAAAUCUCAGCUCUGCGACUCGCGAACACGGAUAAGCUGUGUGUCGGCUUACACGGGCCAUAUAGAAGGUAUAACAGUGGAAAAAAGGGGAGUAAGGUGCGAGCGGGUAUAGUAAUAAUAUAACAAACUCUCUCACACACACACACAUCUAUUUAAAAUGUUUGGAAUCUUUAAAUGAAACAAAUUAAAAUGAAACACUCAUACGAAUACGGCUGAAAAUUAACAGUGCUAGUAAGAAGAAGAAAAAGAAGAAGAAGAAGAAGAAGAAAAGAAGAGAAGAUAAAAAACGUAUACGUAAUUUGCCGCCAGGAUAAAAAAGCGCUAGGGUAAAAGAAAUCAAAGAAAGAAUAAAAAAAAUAUAAUACAAACAGUGAGAAGUAAAAAACGAACGAGUCAAAACUUCGCUACUGCUUGAAGCAAGCGGGAAAAGGAUGAAAACGGCAUACUCGAUCAAAGCAACCAGCAAAGGUAACCAGUCAGCCUGCUUCUGUGCAAAUUAAUGCUUGCUGGUUCGAUGCAUUAGCUCCUCCAAUUGGGCUCUGUUAGUUAAGGAAAUGUUUAAGAAAAGUGGCACAAAGUAUUGAGAAGAAAAAAACAUUGAAGAAAACACGCAAAACAGUCAACAGCCCAGUGAAAAUUGUAAUUGUAAUACAUAAAAAAUAACCGUACAACCAAGUUCGGCAACCAAUCACCAUUAGAGUUUGGCCUUCCAAUCCCCCUCCCCAUACGCCCCUGGUAGAGAUGACGAACCUUAGCACAAAAGUGAGUAGAUAAAAAGCAGCCACACGAAAGCAGCAGCUAGUUAAAUCUACUACUUGCCCUACAUGCCCAUGCCAUGCUUUCCCGUUUUGUGUUCAGCGGGUGGUGCAGCGAUAGUAAAGAUGACGGAAAUUUGUAAAAUAUGUUGAUUUUCAAAACGAUUGCGUAAGACACACACAAAAACAUAUGGAUAAACAAGCUCACCGCGAGCUCCAAAUUAAGGGAUAAUACAUCUAUUAACUAGUCUACUUUGGAUCACGCCACCAUCAUACACACGUGCGUGCGCGCGCGUGCUCUAGGAAUUAGAAGAAAGAAGAAGAAAAAAACACUCCAAUUAACAUACCAGAAAACAAAACAAGAAAUACGAGAAUCAAAUUCGAAGCAUAAGUUUACGAAAGCUGUUACGCUCAGAGAUUCGGACAGAAUCUUUACCAUCACAAGUAUCGCCAAAUUUGUAAAAUAAUAAAGCAAGGAAGAUUAAGUAGAUCGAAACUCGGGCGCACUAUACAUUAUAAUUGCCAUGGCUCGAAGGUGAAGGAGAUGGAAAGAGAACACAAGUCAACUCGAGUGAGAGAGCGAGAGAGAGAAAAAUGCAUGUGAAUGCCCCCGCAAAAAGAGCCAGCUUGAAUGGGAGAAAAUGGAGAGAAGAGAAGCGAAAAAAAAGAAACGUAAAAUAAAAACAACAAAACCUAUAAAUAAUGGAAUGAAAGAAGUAACAAAAAAAAAAACAACAUAAAAUCAAUUAUUAUUUAAAUGCAAAUUUUUAAAAACACUUUUAAAUGCCUCUUUCCCUCCCCCCCCCCUUUACGCUCUUCACCACCCCCAUUCCCUCCUGUCACAGUAAGGUGGGACAUUCUCCGGGGGGUGCAGCAGAAGAAAAAAGGAAAGAAAUCUCAUAGAAAGGGUGAAAGAAUCAGAAGAAAACCACUCAAUUGCAUUGCAUGGAAAAAGAGGACAAAAAAGAGGAGAAAAAUCCUCCCCCCACUUAACACAAACGCCCCCUCCAAAAUACGCCCGAAACUGUACGCAAAGAAGAAGAAGAAGAAAACAAGGAACGCUUGCGUGGGCAACAAGUCGCUCAAACGGAGAAAUACGUCGAUGCCAGCAGAGCAGAGCAGAGAGAUGAGGUGAGGGAUGUUGUAGCAGGAAUCAGUGACAAAAGUAAAAUAAAAUAAAAACCGACAAAAUACAACAAACCUAUGUAUAUGUUAAAAUUUAAA